AUGGGCCUCCACCACACCAAACACUCCACAGUCAAACAAGCCAAUAUACUGAUGUUAGGACUUGAUUCUGCUGGGAAAUCUAAGCUGCUGUACAAGCUCAAGUCUAACGAUGUUUUUCUAACAAUUCCAACAAUUGGCUUUAAUGUUGACAUGAUUGAAACUGGGAAGGAUUUUACACUGACAUUUUGGGAUGUUGGAGGACAAAAGAAAAUGAGAGAGGUUUGGUGCAAUUUCCUGGAAAAUGCAGAUGGACUGCUGUAUGUUGUGGACAGCUCUGAUAAGCAACGUCUGGAAGAAUCAAAGAAAGAAUUUGUACACAUUUUAAAGAAUGAAUUUCUAAAACGGGUACCAGUCAUCAUGCUAGCUAACAAGCAGGAUUUGCCUGGGGCUUUGAAUGCUGAGGAAAUAACCAGGAGAUUCAACAUGAAGAAGUACUGCAGUGACAGGAAUUGGUAUGUGCAGCCCUGUUGUGCCGUCACAGGAGAAGGUUUGCCCGAAGCACUCCAAAAGCUAACCAUGUUUGUAAAACACUACAGCAGAUUAAAGGAAACUUCUACCAUCUUCAAGGAAAGCAAAACACUUUAAGAAUUUC